AUGAGCUCAUUGUCAAUAAGCGACGGAAAGGGGGUCCAGACCAUAAGAAGGAUGCCUAUCAAGCAUGUGAAGCAGGUUGAUUUUAACGAUGCAAUAAAGAUAACCACUCAGUUUAGAGGACAGGAAAUAAGCCUGGUGGAGGUGGUGGGCUGGAUUACAACAGAGAGUCCUAUGCAAAACGGUGGAAAAAGAUUCACCAUUUCUGAUGGAACGGACAGUAUUUGGUGCACCCAGUGGGCAGAUAAGAAUUACAUGUACGUAAAAAAGGGGGCGCUUGUUCGUGUCAUAGGAACUCUGAGCCGAAAUGAGAAGGGAGACAAAAACGUGAAUAUAACAUGCAGUGCAUGCACUCUAGUUACAGACGGAAAUAGUGUGGUGUACCAUCUGCUGAUGCGCAUCGUUGAUAGUGUGCGCUCACCAGCAUACAGCAUGGAUGCGCCGUCCAUUCUAACAGAGAAUUCUCCUGCAACAACACAGGAGGACAUGCGGCACCAGGGGAACUUCAAGAAAAUACAUCUAGACAUCCUUUCGUUCUUCUCGCAUAACCAGGGCGAGACCGGCUUGCUUAUUAAUAUGGUUGUAAGCUCUCUUGCCUCUUCCAAAGUGUAUACGUCUGCUGAUGUAAACAGUGGUCUGGAGUACUUAAUAUCGGCAGGAAAGCUAUUCUACUGCACAGAUGACAGAAAGACACUAGCACUUGUGGAAUGA